UGUCUCGAUUUUAUUAACAAUCAUUAUUAUGCAUUAACAAUUAACACUCUAUUAGCUUAUUAGCACUCGAUCAUUUCAAUUAGCCGCUCUGGAUGAGUCCCGCUAGAUUCAUUGAUCAGUCUUUUAUUAACUAAACUGGAGUAAAUCAGACCUAAAUCUAUUAAUAAAUGUUUCAUUAUUUGCGAGCAGGUGCACAUUUCAAUCUACAAAGUCUUGAGUCUAGACGCUGUUUUUCAUCUAACUUCGUCUUAUCUGCUUCAAUCAUAAUGCAUAAACAUGUGAUCCAACUAUAAAUGUUUCGAUUCAAAAUUUGUUAGUCACAAUGAAUCGUUUAGAAUACCAAAUACGGUCUUAAUUAAUUGUGCAUACGUUUUGGUUCUAUUCUUCGUUUUUUCUGAGUCAUUGUUCACAAUUAUUGAUCGCAACAAUUUACUACUGUUCGCCUCCUUUACCGUUCUGAAUUAAUUCUAAACAGCAACAAUGGAAGAAGAAGAAGAAGAAGAAGACAUAACUCCAGGACACAGCAGAACAGCAGAUCAAGUGAUAGGAAGUCUCACAGCUGUUUGCAUGAUAACAGGACUUAUCGGCAACGUCACCGCCUUCCUUUACUUCUGGGGCCGAAAGAGAGGCUCACUACACAACAUGCUGUACAUGACCAUCACAGCAGUGGACAUCAGUACUUCCCUGUCUGCUAUCAGUAUUGUAGUGGUACUGUUCAACAACAGGGCCCCCUUCCUCCUGGGUAACAGCUUGUUCUGCACUCAGUGGUAUGUUAUCAUCGCGUUCACCGUCAGAAUGUCCAUCUUCCUCGUCGUACUGAUUAGUGUAACCAGGACCAUCAACAUAGUCUUCCCUUUCCACAGAGUCAGCUACCACAGGCUGAUAUACGCUAUGCUCCUGUACGGGGCGUGGAUCCUGACAUUUGAUGGGGUGGUGUUUGGGAUGAAGAUCAUGUAUCCUCGAUACGAAGCCCACUACGCAUACUGUGCCCCCUUCCCACCUGAUAUAACCAACCUGACUACCAUGCAGAUAGUGUGGUGGAUUGUACUCGAGGCAGAGUUCAUGCUGCCUUCCUUCGUGGUCUUCAUCAGUUUCACUGCAAGUAUAGUGUCCCUGCAGAAGAGAGCUCUCCUCAAGAACUGGAGGGACGUGAAAUCCAGACGUGUUUCAGUGACCAUCACACUGUUCACGGCGGUAUUCUUGGUCUGUAACACUCCCUUCUUCCUGUACCAGAUGAACGUCAUCAUCUACCGAACCAGUUACCAUGCGUACGGUCUGGACUUCAACAAGGCUGGACCUGUUUACUGGUAUGGGUCUUUAGUCUCCCAACCUCUGACUACCUUUCUAAACGCGGCUCUCAACCCUUGUCUCUACUUCCUGAGGAUGAGACCCAUGAAGCUGUGGAUCUGUAAUGUUGUUGAAGAUAGGGCUUGUCGUUUCUGCAACGUCGCUAGAAGGGCAUCAAGAGGUCUUAUUCCACAACUUUCGACAAGCGAAGAGAAAUGAACAGAGUCACCCUGCAAGAAAGGUAUUAGAGAAAGCAAAAUCAGUGCUGACAAAAAAGUAAAAAGUU